CAUGAUUUCUUCACCAUUAUCUCUGAUCUAAUGCAUCCCCUAUUCCUGCAUAUCCAUGAUUUCUGAGUUUUAAGAUUAUUGUUUUGUUUAGUUCAUGACCUCAUUAUUUUCUUAAACCUUUUUAAAAUUUUUAAGUCUUUCCUUUGAAGUCAAAGACACAAAAUACCCUACACUCUCCUAUCCUAUAUAAAUUGGCACCACCCCUUCAAACCUUCUCUCAUUCUCUCACUCCUCUUCUUCUCUCUUGUGAUCACUUAUUUUGAUUGAUUUUGAGUACUUUUCUUCAUAUUCUGCCUACUUGUUUAGAUUUUUAGGAUGAACAAACUUAGACAACAUAGUUUCUUGGCUUUCUUAUGCCUCCUCCUUAUACUUCCAACUUUAGUUUUCGGAGAGUGCACAUGUGACGAAGAAGAAGAUGGGGACCGGAACAAAACCGAAGCCCUCAAGUACAAACUGGCAGCGAUUGCAUCGAUACUAGUUGCCAGUGCAAUCGGUGUUUGCAUUCCGAUUCUUGGGAAGAGCAUCCCGGCUUUGCACCCCGACAGGAACAUCUUCUUCCUCAUCAAGGCCUUUGCAGCCGGUGUCAUAUUGGCUACCGGGUUCAUACACGUGCUCCCAGAUGCUUUUCAUAACUUGACAUCGCCGUGCCUUAAGGAGAAUCCAUGGGGGAAGUUCCCCUUCACUGGGUUUGUGGCCAUGGUUGCUGCCAUUGGGACCUUGAUGGUGGAUGCCUCUGCCACUUCUUAUUACAGCAGGUCCCACUUCAAGAACAAUAGGGCGCAGCCUGAGGAGAGCGUCGGCGAUGAGGAGAAGGCUGGAGAGCAUGAGGAUCACUUGCAUGUUCAUACUCAUGCAACUCAUGGUCAUGCUCAUGGUUCAGUUGACACUUCACCUACAACACAACUUCUUAGGCACAGAGUGAUUUCACAGGUUUUGGAGUUGGGGAUUAUUGUGCAUUCUGUCAUUAUUGGAAUUUCUUUAGGUGCUUCUGAAAGUCCUGACACCAUAAGGCCUCUUGUAGCUGCCUUGACCUUCCAUCAGUUUUUCGAAGGCAUGGGACUUGGUGGAUGCAUAUCUCAGGCGAAAUUCAAGGCUCGAGGAGUUGCAAUCAUGGCUCUGUUCUUCUCUCUUACAACUCCUGUUGGAAUUGCAAUUGGUAUCGGAAUUUCAAACGUUUAUAAAGAAAACAGCCCAACUGCCCUCAUCGUUGAAGGCGUUUUCAAUGCAGCAUCAGCCGGUAUCUUAAUCUAUAUGUCCCUUGUUGAUCUGCUAGCAGCUGAUUUUAUGAACCCAAAAAUGCAGAGCAAUGGAAGACUUCAAGCUGGGGCUAAUAUAGCUCUUCUUCUUGGAGCUGGUUGUAUGUCUCUGCUAGCCAAAUGGGCUUAAACUAAGCAAUAUUGAUAAUUUUUUGUUCUUUUUCUUUGUGCCAUUUGCUAGAUUGUUUUUUCUCAAGUUUUGUGUUUUAUUUCUCCAUAAUUAGCAUCAAAUUAUGUAGUUUAAAUCUCAGAAUUCUGUGUUAAAGAAAAGCAUUAAGUUGAUGGUGUAGUUUCUUUACAAUUCAAUAGAGAAGUGUUUGUUUUUUUGCUAA